AAAUUGAGGGGGCGCUGAUAGUAGCAGUCGACAAUGACGUCAUUGGGUUGGAAGUGAACGCUGUUUAGAACGCUGAUAGAAGUUUUAUUUCGGAAAAGAAUUUAAUCGCCGUUUUAGAGAAAUAGCGAAUUUCCAUUCGUUAUUUCUGUAUAAAUAAUGGAUUCGGACGAAGAUGUUUUAUACGGCAGCGAUUCCGGUAACGAAUCAACUGGCGAAGAAGAUGACGGUUUAUCAAUCGGUUUGGAACCCGAACCAGCGACAUCAAAAGACAAAAUGGACAUUGAAGAAGAAUUUGUUUACGAAGUUUUAACAACAGAACAAAUCGUGCAACACAUGAUCGAUUGUAUUAGAGAAGUCAAUACCGUAGUACAGUGGUCGGUUCACAAGUGCAUUCUUGGUGUUUGUUAGCCUUGAGCGUUAACCAAUCAUGAUUGGAAGGAUUUGUGUGUCGUUCGAAAAAUGAUUAUUGUUUUGCUGAUUUUUGAGUGAAUUCGAGCAUUUUAUUGCAUUUUCUGGAUGAUUUUGGCUCUGUGGAUUACGUCUUGAAUCCGAGUCGAAAUUGGUAAGCAAGCAAAAAGUAAUAAAUGAAAUACCGAAAUUUUAUCGUUGUUAUUUCUUUUGUUAGUUUUUGCCUGAUUGCUGAUUUUGAUUUCGCUUUAAGACAUAAUUCAUUUCUUUUAUUAGUCGUGUAAUUUUUGGCGUCAAGCAUGUUUGUGGCUUUUGAUGCGUAACUGGAGGACCGUAUGA